AUGUCGUUGAACCGGGAUGUUUUGGUUUUCGACCCUUCCGGAGAUGUUUUCUUGUUGCUCGAGAGGGACGAUGAUCAGUCUAACCGUGAAGGAAUUUUCAUUCCCGCAGACAGCAAUACUACAGCUCCUCCCGAUGAAGUUCCUGAAAACGACGCAAACUCUAUCGUAUUGCACGCUGAUGCGGACGAGAAAUUAUUGAAUAACAAACUCGCAAGCUGCUCAACAGAAAAAAUCACUCGAGAAAUUGAGAUGCAAGUGUCGUCAAAACAUCUUUCACUUGCCUCCAAGGUUUUCGGCGAUAUGUUUCAUGACAAGUCCUUGGAGGGAGUCGCCUCGAAGAGCCGAGAACUAGUAACAAUUCCUCUCAUGAAGGACGACUUCCAUUCACUAGAGAUUCUACUUAAUAUUGUACAUGGGUUUACCAGAAGAGUUCCUCGACAAGUGGAGAGAUGCGUCCUCUUGCAGGCUGUUGUGUUGAUCGACAAGUAUGAGUUUCAUGAAGUAGCUGAAGUUUUCACGGACAUGUGGUUUGAAUCUCUUCGACCAAAAAUUCCUCAAACUCUUCGCCAAGAUUUGGCUUGUUGGGUCUACAUUUGCUGGGAGCUGGGAAAAUCAGAAGAGUUCAGUAAAGUGACCGAAAUCGCGAUCCUGGAGACCAACUACGCACUCGAAGAUCAGGGCGCGCUAGUUCCUUUCUGGAUUGUCGGUAAGUCCGCCCCGUGUGGGAUUUUGCGAACACGUUCUGAAGUCUUGUAG